AGAUCGUCGACGACAUGGACUACAUGUCCGCCAAACAACACUCAACACCACUUCAGUCACAGUCAUCUCCGCUCCCCAUAUAUCCCAUUCGUGUCAAACAGGAGCCCGACUGCGGCUACGGAUCGCCUCCACCCGAAUGGACCCCUUUUAACCAUAAUGAGUCUCAGCGAUCCCACGGCUUCUUCACUCACAUCCAAGACCUGGCGCUGAAAGAGUGCGCCAAAGAGAUAGACACGGCCUGCGAGGCACUCAACAUAUCUGCCGAUCCAUUCAAUUGGAACGCCGCAGACGUGAGGAAUUGGUUACUAUGGACUACAAGACAAUUUGAUUUACAGCCCUUUCCACUCGAUUACUUCCAAAUGGACGGAAUGGCUCUUUGCUCACUGUCUGAGACAGACUUCAAGCAAAGGGCCCCCAACUGUGGCGAAACACUUUACGCACAGCUCGACAUUUGGAAGACAGCCGUCGACUUUCGCCCCGAGGAAAGCAUUCUCGAGUUCAGUUCAAUCCUAAGCAGUUGGUCGUCAUCGCCGCCGCCCUACUGCACGUCAUCUUCACCGCCAUCUAAUGCCAGUGCCGUUCCCUCUCCGGGACAGGAGAGUAUGGGUUCAGAUAUACUGAGCACAGUAUGUCUGUCUCCCGUAUCGCCACCGAUGUGUUCGUCUCCAAUCAUAACCGGUUACACAACUACUGGAAUGGGCUCUCCUGUGCUCAGCCCUAUAGCGAGCUCUACUAUUGUUACCUCUGAUUAUGGUAGCGAAGGAACUCAAAGCGAUGACGACAUUAGCGACGACGGGUGCGACCACUUGCCCACCACUACUACACUCGUCGAACAGUCACCGCCACCGACGACAGGCCGAAGCGGUUCCGGUUCUCACAUUCAUUUGUGGCAAUUCUUGAAGGAACUGCUGUCUCAGCCGCAACUGUAUGGCAGUUACAUCCGAUGGAUGGACCGCCAGAAGGGUGUCUUCAAGAUCGAGGACUCCGUCCGUGUGGCCCGACUUUGGGGAAAGCGUAAGAACAGGCCAGCAAUGAAUUACGACAAACUCAGCCGUUCUAUACGUCAGUACUAUAAGAAGGGAAUCAUGAAAAAGACGGAAAGGUCUCAGCGUCUCGUCUAUCAGUUCUGUCAUCCCUAUUGUCUUUAAACACGAGAUGUUAUGACAUAACAAACACCACAAGACUUUGGCCCCGAAUUCGACUCCAUUCAGUAGUUUGUUGUCGAAUUCGAAACCACUCUUUGAGAGCAUUUAAUGAACAGUUUAUAUAUAUUUUAUUGUUAUUGUAAUCGCGCUCUCGAGGAAUGGCUAUACUAUGACGCGGAAGGUAUUAUUCCCGUCCCAUUGUCUGUCACCUAUCAUUCAUCUCUCAUUGUUUAAAGUGUUGACAAUAAUUAGUGGUAACAGAAUUGACUGUAAGACAAUUACUGGCGCUAAUCCUCUCCUCCUUUCACACAUUUCUCACUUAACGACAGCCGAACUCUAUGUUUGAGUUUUAAAUAUGAAGAGUUUGUUGUAUUUGUCGUAAUUUGAAAGCUUUAUCAAUCUGUCCGGCAAUUGUGUUGAGAGACAUAACCUGUAAGCCAUUAGUACUCAUAACCGGUGCUUCUGGUGGUUGUGUUGUCUCCAUAUGGCGGCCAUUUUGAUGAAUAAUGAUAACAUAUAUCUAUGAUAUAUCCAAUUGUAUGUUCUGUGAACAUCCCUUAAAACACAAUUCAUCACAAGUUAUAUUCUUAAGCGUAAAACAACUUAUAAUUGUUUUUUCAAGUAUUCAUCGAAAUAUGAUUUUUCAGAGGCACUCAUGUGAGGCACUGGAGAACUAAUCAAUUCAUAUAAUAUUUAAUAUAUUAUGUCUUAUUUUUAAUGAAUAUUAUUAUUAUGUGUAAUAAUAAUAAUGUUUUGAUUUUAGUAUUUAAUGUUAUAAUUAUUCUAGUUUUUUGAGCCCUUUAUUCAAUCUUAAGAUUAUAUUUAUCUGUUUUUUAUUUUUCUCUUUUAUUAUUUCAAUCGCUUAUUAUUCAUCAUUUCUUCUCCAAUAAUCGCAUUCUUAUCACUUAAGCGUUGAAUUUCUUUUGAACUUAUCUUUAUAUUUAUGAUAUAU